UAAUUUCUUAUAAUAAAUAAAUAUAUCUUCAAAUACUUUUAUAUAUGAUUCACUAGUGUUUAUGUCAGUAAAAAUAAUAAAUAAAUAAUAAUUCACUUAUUUUUGCUGUCGUUUUUACAAUUAUAUAAAGGAUAUAUUUAGCUCACGAAUGGUUCAUCUACUCUGACAUUGAUUUCAAGAAAAAAAUUGUGUGAAAUAUAAAUAGUUUGCAUCCUUUUGAACAACAAAAUGCACAUAACAUUACAUUUCCGUAUAAAUAAUAAAAUGUUAAAAUUAAUAUAACUCUUUGAAAAAAAAGAAAAGAAAUUUCUCGUUGAAAAUCAUAUGUUUGUUCAAAAAAAUUGCCGAUAAUUUUGAUAGUAAUUGUAGAAAAACAAUGUAUUCAAUGUCUGAUAGAAGAGAAAGAAGAGGAGUGUCACCACUGAAGGGAACCAUUGAUGAGCGCCGGAGUCUAUCGGAUGAACACUCGUCUCUAAACUCUUGUAGUGCCGACCAAUCAUUUAGGGAUAAUCUGAAACAUUUACUCCAUUCAUACCGUUUUCACUUAUUAAUCGUUGCGCUGGUUAUCGUCGACUGUAUUAUUGUUGUCAUUGAAUUGAUGAUAGAUUUGCAGAUCUAUCAGACAGAAGUAUCCAAACAUACAAAUCAUACGGACAUCAAUGAUGGACAUCAUAACAAAGCACAUAAUAUAGCACAGAUAUUACAUUAUAUAAGUAUUGCUAUACUUUGUAUAUUUGUUGUGGAAAUAUGUCUUAAAAUGUAUGCCUUUCGGAGCGAAUAUAUAAGACAUUACGCGGAAAUAAUCGAUGCCUUUAUUGUGUUAACAUCACUGAUAUUGGAUCUGAUUUUUAUUAAUCACGAAGACAUUCUUCGUUAUAUUGGUUUAGUUAUUAUAUUGCGUUUGUGGCGAAUCGUACGUGUAGUUCAUGGAAUAGCUAUAUCGGUGAAGACACCACUGGAGCACAGUUAUGAAGAGGAGAAACGAAAGCGGGAACGGUAUGAACGAGAGUUGGCCGAAAUGCAUCUCUAUGUCAAUUCACUGGAGAUCGAGAUAAUGAAUUUGCGAUCACUACUCAAAACUAAAGGUAUCGUCGAUGGAGUUCCCCAAACGUACCUUAAAAUUGACCGAAAAGUUUGAUUAUUAUUAUUAUUAUUAUUAUUAGCAAAUGAAAUAACAUUAUACAGACAUUUUUUGAGAAACAGUA